AUGAAGCACACCCUGGCGUCGUUCGUGCUUUCUCUGACGUUAUUUUCUUUGGUUUCCCUGCUGCAUCAAAACCAACUCUUGGAUGAGACACAAAAGGCUGCUGGUCAUUUCUUCAACAGGCAACAACACGAGGAUGGUCCCUACCAAGAAUCAGCUCCAUCUUUGGGCGCCAAAACGAGCCGAAGACUAGCGAAAGCUAAUACUGCAUCAAAUCUAAAUCCAGACACCCCGCAAACCAGCGAGCGGAGGGCGUUGCUAUUGACCAAUACAGAGACCGCGGAUGCUGAAGGCAAAACGAAGACCUCAAACUUGCCUUCUAGUAUUCCACAAUCCGCAUUUGACCUUGCCAAGUUCCGCAUGUGUCGUGUCACUCCCCAACCAGUGGAAAAAGCACCCAAUGUACCAAUGAAAAGGCUUGCCAUGCCUAUAGAGUAUCAAUGUGCGGGCAAGCCAUAUGAUCAAUUUGCAUCUCUCUUGGAAGGUAUCAUUUCCAAAACCUACCAGGAAAAAAUGAAAGCUGGAAACACGGAAUGGGGACAACGGCAGUCAAUAGUACCACCGCACAGUACGAGAGGAAGGGCUAUUCUCAUCAUGGGCAACUCGCACACACGACAGCAAGUGAGCACUCUGUUGUGUCAAUACAAAGACCAGAUUGUGGGAGAGCCAAAACUGUUGUUUGCCAUGCCAGACCAACCUACCUAUGGAGUCUUGCAGAUCCAACUACGGGGCAAUCUUACCAUUUAUUCUGCCACCAACUGUCCGUUUGUGUAUUCCAAGAAAUGGCAUGAAACAUUGGAACACAAGAUUCUGCAGAGACCGUUGGCAUCUCUAGAUGCCAUUGUCUUGGGACGAUUCAAUCAGUUCUCCGAAUCCACAGGAACGAAUUUCUACAAAAUCAUGAUGGCAUACCAACGUCAGUUUCCAGAGCUUGGCUUGGACUUUGAGAAUGCUGCCGCUCCCACAGUGACCGAUGUGGCAAAAGUCUAUCCAGGACCCGUGAUUUAUGUGGGCAUGUUUGCUUGGUACGGCAAGCGGCUACACCGAGAAGCACAGGCCAUGAUUGACUCAUUACAACAGACACAACAACAAGGCCGAACGAAUCUGCGAGCCAUCAAUGGACGUCAAUACAUUACAGCACUGGAAGAAGAGUUUCACACAAGUAGUACUAGCAGUAGUGAGAGGCUGCCCGUGUACGAAUGCAGCACCGAUACUCGUCACAAUGUCUCGACCUGCAUCACAGACACGGAGAGUUAUCGCUUUCGGAAUGGACAUCGUUGCAUGGGACAAAGAGGCGGCCACCCAGAUCUGAUUGCUUGGGACCUUAUUGAUAGCCUGCAUGACCUUUUGGAGGACGAUGAUCAGGCUUCAGGUCUUUACAAUAAGCCAAAAUCAGGAACGACAAACUAA